AUGACAUCCCGCAAGACACAACAAGAGAUCGACAAGACCUUCAAGAAGGUCGCAGAAGGCAUUCAGACUUUUGAUGGGAUUUACGAGAAGAUUCGCGCUGUCACAAAUCCCACCCAACGCGAUAAGCUCGAGGAGAACCUCAAGCGCGAGAUCAAAAAGCUCCAGCGGUUUCGGGAUCAGAUCAAAUCAUGGGCGGCGGGCAAUGAAGUCAAGGAUAAGGCUCCGCUCUUGGAGCAACGAAAAGCCAUUGAAACGUGCAUGGAGCAAUUCAAGGCCGUCGAGAAGGAGAUGAAGACGAAGGCAUACUCGAAAGAAGGACUUUCAGCGGCGUCACGACUCGAUCCCAAGGAGAAAGAAAGAGUGGAGGCAUCCGACUUCCUGUCAUCCAUGGUGGAUGAACUCCAGCAGAAGAUCGAAUUGAUGGAGGCCGAGGAGGAGACGCUUCAAGCCCAAAUGAAGAAAGGCAAGAAGGAUACGGGCAAGGCCAACCGGUUGGCGGAUCUGAGCCACUAUACGGAACGACAUAAGUGGCACGUCGACAAGCUCGAGUUUCUCAACCGAGCCUUGCAGAACGGCAAUCUCGAGGUGAACCAGGUGAACGAGCUCAAAGAAAGCAUCAAGUACUACGUUGAGGAAGGCGCGAAUAUCGAUUACUCCGGCGAAGACGAGACACUGUACGAUGAUCUAAAUAUUGGUGAAGAUACGGAGGUGCAGUUCGGUAUGGGCGGUGAUGGCGAUCGGGUGUCAUCGCAAGACGCGCAAUCCGUCCAGGAUGAUGAGCCAGAACCAAAACCGAAGCCCAAGGCAGAAGCUGCAGCCCCUCGGCGACCGUCGACACAGAUGAAGUCACCGCUUCCCGUCCUCGCUACCCUCCACCCUUCGACCUCAUCCAGCACCAGUUCGGCCAUGAAGCCUGCUCCGCUCCCGACGCGUGCACCGGGCGAAACCCUCAAGUAUGCCUCCGCGGCGGCCGCGGCAGCAGCAAGUGACAAGAGCGGCGUGGGUAUUCUCCCUCUCCCACCUCCACCAGGGGCCAGUCCGGCCUUCUCUGUGGCUCUCCCUGCGUCCAGGGCGCCGUCUACUGCAUCACCCAGUGUGGCAUCAGCGCAACCGGUUGCAAAGCCUGCAACUCCUACGGUUUCGGACGAGAUUGACGGCACAGGACGAUCGAAAACGCCCGCCGGUGCUUCUGUCUCGGGUGUUUCAUCGCCGGUUCCAGCAGACAGAAUCGAAGCCAAAGAACCAUCCACCAAUGGCAAGCCUGAAGGUGAUGAGUCGAUAUUCCACCUCCCACCGGGUCUCCAAGACCUGGUCCAGUCAUUCGAGACGACCAAAGAGCGUGCGACAAACAACCCUUCGCCUUCUGUUCAGCGUCUGUUGGCAACCUCCCUUACGACUUGUCCCGAGCCCGGCGAUGCCGAGAAGCCCCGCCACUACAAGCCGGCAAAUCCAUACAAUACCCCUCUUUACUAUCCGCAAGAGCCGCUCUCGAUAUUCGAUGACCCUCGACUGUACGACACCGGGCGAAUCGACACGGACACGCUGUUCUAUCUCUUCUACUACCGACAGGGAUCCUACCAGCAGUACAUGGCCGCUAAGGCUCUCAAGAACCAGAGCUGGCGGUUCCACAAGCAGUACCAGACCUGGUUCCAGCGUCACGAAGAGCCCAAGAACAUCACGGAGGAGUUUGAGCAAGGCACCUAUCGAUUCUUUGACUACGAAAGCACAUGGAUGAAUCGGCGCAAGGCUGAUUUCAAGUUCGUAUACAAGUAUCUCGAAGACGAGCUAUGA